GUUUUCUCAAACAAUGAUGAAGGCCUUAUUAACAAAAAAUUACCCAAAGAACUUCUCUUAAGAACGCUGUUCAGCUUGUUGUUAAAUUUUACUUGGUCUAAUCCAGAAUGUACUAAGUAUGUACAUAGCAUUGGUCUGGAUUCUUUUUGUAAUGUGGACCUUUGCACAGAACUGCCGAAACAUUGAACAUUUAAACCUCAAUGGGUGCACAAAAAUCACUGACAGCACGUGUUAUAGCCUUAGCAGAUUCUGUUCCAAGCUGAAACAUUUGGAUCUGACCUCCUGCGUGUCUGUUACAAACAGCUCCUUAAAGGGGAUAAGUGAGGGCUGCCGGAGCCUGGAGUACCUCAACCUCUCCUGGUGUGAUCAGAUCACGAAGGAUGGCAUCGAGGCGCUGGUGCGAGGUUGCCGAGGCCUGAAAGCCCUGCUCCUGCGGGGCUGCACACAGUUAGAAGACGAAGCUCUGAGACACAUUCAGAAUCACUGCCAUGAGCUCAUGAGCCUCAACCUUCAGUCCUGCUCCCGCAUCACGGAUGAAGGGGUGGUGCAGAUAUGCAGGGGCUGCCACCGGCUGCAGGCCCUCUGCCUUUCGGGUUGCAGCAACCUCACAGACGCCUCGCUUACGGCCUUGGGCUUGAACUGCCCGAGACUGCAGAUUCUGGAGGCUGCCCGAUGCUCCCAUUUGACAGACGCGGGCUUUACACUUUUAGCUCGGAACUGCCACGACCUGGAGAAGAUGGACCUUGAAGAAUGCAUCCUGAUAACCGACAGCACACUCAUCCAGCUCUCCAUUCACUGUCCCAAACUGCAAGCCCUGAGCCUGUCCCACUGUGAGCUCAUCACAGAUGAUGGGAUCCUACACUUGAGCAACAGCACCUGUGGCCACGAGCGGCUGCGGGUACUGGAGCUGGACAACUGUCUCCUCAUCACGGACGUGGCCCUGGAGCACCUGGAGAACUGCCGGGGCCUGGAGCGCCUCGAGCUGUACGAUUGUCAGCAGGUCACUCGGGCAGGCAUCAAGCGGAUGCGGGCUCAGCUCCCUCACGUCAAAGUCCAUGCCUACUUCGCUCCUGUCACCCCACCGACAGCAGUGGCGGGAAGUGGACAGCGACUGUGCAGGUGCUGUGUCAUUCUCUGACAGCAGCUGCCUGGGCCCAAAGGGCGAUGAGUCUUCCCGACCCACUCCACCAUCACCCAAAUCUGUUGAUUCUCCAUUGGGAAAGGCAUUUACAGGUAAAGACUUCUGUGUGGAUUGCAGUAUCUCUGGUGAUCGUUUCCACCUUUAUUCUGCUGUGGUACAAUCAAAUCAAAGCCUUGUGUCCGUUAACACGUGGCAAGUGGUCUCAGUGCAGCCAGGACCAUGCCAGAAACCUGGAUCUCUUAAGAGCUGGGUGCCUACCCAGGUACAGAAGUCCUCCCCUUGGCAAUGUCAGCAUUCCUCAAACCAACUGUCAGUGUUAGCACAAAUUGAGCAGAAAAAUAAGCUAUUGAUUUCCUACUUGACAUGUAAGCCAGUGGCCUAUUUAAUUCACAAUUCCAUUUUGAUCAGCUGGACUUUUCCACUUUGAAGAUUAAAUAGCAACUUUAUCAAAGUGACUGUGUUGCAGAUCCACAAUGCCUGAUAGUUUUAUAUGUAGAGACUGAAUGUGGAAGGCAUGUCAAUAGGUUUCCAUGAGACACCAAAGAAAAGAGGACUCUCAUCUGGGUGGAGCAGGUCUUCACCUUUCUGUGUCAGCUUGUCAUAUACACCACCAGGGACCAAAAACUCAACAAAAGCAACUCAGUUGUGUUGUCCGUUUGGAUAGGGUAAGCUCUGGCAUGUGCUACAGCACAUAACGCAUUUUUGUUAAAGAAAAGUGAAUUAUGUCCACGCCUCAUAAAACUGGGGGGACCAUAAAGAAAUAGAAUUAAGGCUUAAGUUAUAAUCAUUAAGAAAAUAAUGGAUGGAUGCAUGUAGAAUGGAUGUGAUUUUUUUUCAAGUUUAUUUAAAAAUCUUAGAAAUCAGGUCACACCAAAACUAUUAAAAAAUUUUACACUUAAAACUCAGAUCAGUAAAGUGUUGGCGCCUUUAAGACUCCUAAUAUAAAAUUGAAUAAACCAUUGCAAUGCUGAAAAAAA